AUGGCUGAACGCGUUAACGUUUGCAAAAUAAGUCGUAGUGUAAUCAAGUCGAAAUUAACAAAUUUCGAAAAAGUCUUAGAUUCAAUUACUGCGGAAACUGACAUAGAGAGUCUCGACUUAGGAACUCGGUUAAAAAAGAAACAUAUUCCGUUACAAAAGGAGUUUGAUAAAUGUCAAGAUGAAAUAGAUAAACUCACUUUCGGCAAUGAAGAAGAGGAAGCAAUUAAUGAAAAAGAAAGAUCAGAUUUUGAAAAUAGAUUUUACCUUAUUUCCGGAAGUGCUGCAUUACAGUUGAUGCGAUAUCACAAUAAAAAGUUUAUUAUUGACAGCCAUGUAAAGGCUCUUUUUGAAUUGCCACCUAUGUCAAAAGAAUUUUCCAUUCGCGUUUUAUAUGAUUUAAUUCAAAAACACCUUAGAUCUCUUCGCGCACUAUCUGUUGAAGUAGACAAGUGGGAUGCAAUGCUUAAUCACUUAAUUAAAGGCAAAAUAAAUAAUUACACAAUGGAAAAAUGGGAGGAAUCGAUCUGUGAUAUAGAAAAACCUACCCUUUUACACAUGUUAAACUUUUUAGAGCGCCGCUCCCAGAUUGAGGAGACAAGGGCAGCCACCAAUCAAGUUAAUUUUCAAAAAGCUUCACAUUCGCGUCAAAAUCCGCAUCAUCCGUUCAUGGGCGUUGCUACAGCAACGACCCCGAGUGCAGAUGACGCACAGUCAAGACCUUUUUCAAAAAUUUCGUGUUACAUUUGUAAGGGAGAGCAUGGCGUUUAUUCAUGCAGCAAAUUUUUGAGUUUAUCUCCCAACGAAAGACAUGAGGCAGCUCGAAAGGUAUCUCUUUGCGUUAACUGUUUACGAGGAAAUCAUCAUCCAAAAAAUUGUUUAUCAGGCUGGUGUCGUAAAUGCGGAAAAAGACAUAAUUCCCUUUUUCAUUUCAAUGAACAUGGUUCAGAUUCAAUUAAUCAAGUGAAUAAUUCAUCACAGCAGAGUCAAUCCACUCAAUCUAUUCAAGAAUCCCCGACCCCAGUUCGUAAUUAUAAACUUUUGAUACCAUCUGAGGUAGUCUUAGCCACCGCUAUUGUUGAUAUUAUAGACAAACAAGGCAAAUUACAUGCAUGUCGUGUAAUGUUAGAUUGCGGUUCUCAACCUUAUGUCGUUACAGAAAAUUUCGCAAAUAAAAUCGGACUUAACAAAAUAGCUGUCGACAUACCGCUUGAGGCAGUGGAUAAUCUCGCUACCAGCAUAAAACAUACAGCGACGGCUACCAUUCAAUCGCGAUACAAUAAUGUACGGCCUCAUCUUUCAUUAUUUGUUGUUAAAGACAUAGGCAAUACUAUGCCCACAUUGCCUGUUGAUCGUAGUUCAUUUGAAAUACCGCAAGAUCUCUUUCUAGCAGACCCGGGAUUUCAUAAUCCAACCGAAGUCGAUAUGAUUCUAGGCGCGCAAUAUUUUUAUCACUUCUUACGUCAGGGUCAAAUUCUAAUCACAAAUCACCCUGCAGUUUUUCAGGAAACAGAACUCGGCUGGGUAGUAGCAGGAUGUUUUCAUCAAGUGCUCGCAAAACAUGCGAAAGUGUAUUGUAAUUUUACCAAAUUUUCAGAUUUAUCUCUUUUAUGGGAAUUCGAUGCAAGUCGAACAGCUUCCAUGCGCUCCGUGGAAGAAGAAGCUUGUGAAUCGAAUUACGUCAAAAACACUGAACGGGAUGAGUUAGGUCGUUACACGAUUCAUUUGCCUUUCAAUGAGAAUAAAAUUAAAAUCGGCGAAUCACGUCAAACAGCUUUUAACCGGUUUCAUUCUCUUGAGAGAAAAUUUGAAAAAGAUCCACGUGUUAGAAGUCAGUAUUUUGAAUGUAUUCAAAUUUAUCUUAACGAGAAUCACAUGACACCGUUAAAAAACGAAGAAUCGUCAGAUCGCGGAUUUUUUCUUCCACACCAUGCAGUAAUUAAAACUAGCAGUCUCACAACGAAAACACGAGUCGUGUUUGAUGGCUCUUGCAAGUCUUCCUCAGGCAUUUCUUUAAACGAUGCUCUGAUGGUAGGACCUACAAUCCAAGAUGAUUUAUUUUCAACCUUCACAAGGUUUCGCACUUUUCUUGUCGCUCUCACAGCCGAUAUAGAGCAAAUGUAUCGACAGAUUCAAUUAACCAACGAGCUCCGAUUAUUUCACAAAAUUCUGUGGCGCGAAACUCCUACCGAUCCAAUUAAAGUUAAUACAUUAAAUACAGUAACCUUUGGCACCGCAUCUGCACCUUUUCUCGCGAUUCGUACGCUUCAUCAACUAGCAGAAGAUGAACGCGAAAAUAUCCGACCGCAUCAGUUAUUUUAA